AACAACCAGGAAGUAGGACACAGACCGAUUCUUUAAAAGCAGAAUUUAUGGUGUUAUUGAGGCGUUACAUGCACUAUAUAGUAAGCCAGAGAGGUUAAACUGCAUGGGCCUUUAAAACUGAUUUUUGAAGACUAACAGAUUUUUAACACCAACAGUCUGAUGAUCAUAGACUACAGUAUCGAUUGAGUGAGAUGAAUAUUCUUACGAAAACACGAUUAUUGAGGACUUUGAGCAAAUCCUUUGUACGCAGGAUAUUGAGAUUUUAUACCCAUCAAAAGCAUCCCGACAUUCACACAUGGAUGAAGAUGCAUAUGGAGAUAUCACGACGUCAUAUGACCCCCGAGAUGCAGCUCUACCUGUUAACAUCCAGGUGCGCUUUGUACAAUGUACCCGCAUCCUCAGAUGAGUCUGUAGACAAUACGUGGAAUGAUCCUUAUUGGAUGUUUUACUGGCCCGGAGGACAAGUUCUAUCCAGAUACAUUCUGGACAAUCCUAAGAUAUUUGCCACGAAGCGUGUUCUAGACGUAGGAAGUGGCUGUGGCGCAAGUGCUAUCGCUGCGGCAAUGAUGGGAGCUCGUGUGGUUGCAAAUGAUAUAAGUAAAGAUGCAGUUGAAGCAACAAAAGUGAAUGCCGCCUUGAACAAUGUAUCCGUCGACACUUCAACUAAAGACUUUAUAGGAGAAACCGACAUUGACGUUGAUAUUGUGUUCCUUGGUGAUAUGUUUUACGAUCAAGAAUUUACUAACAUUGUAUAUGAUUGGAUAACGCAUCUUUCAAGAAAUGGUACACGCAUUCUGAUUGGUGAUCCGGGUAGAGUACAUCUGCUGU